AUGCACCUACGGGACGUGUUGCCAGAAUUUGUCUACCCGGAAUGGGUGAAAAUAACGCUCGUCUGUCGAUCGUGGAGAAACACAGUAAUCAGCUGCCCAAACCUCUGGACAUACAUUCCGGAGUAUUCAGACUCCACCCCUCGAUGGAUUGCAACCCACUUCGAACGAGCUGGGCCAUCUGUACCCUUGCACAUACAUUGGGAUGGCCGUGGUCGCCAGGAAGAACAUACGUCCCCUCUCAUUGGAUUCAUCCCUACAAACUUGCAUCGAAUCCAGACACUUAAGCUGACCGACAUAGGGGGUGAUCCAGGCGAUCCAAGGCUUCGAACCCUCUCCUCCGGCCACGCACCUCUCCUCCAGUCCCUUUCGAUUUCCUGUUACGGAUUGCCUGUCCUCCCAGACGAAAUUCUCAGUGGAGGUACCCCCAAACUGCAGAAAUUAGUUCUACGCUCUUGCCUCGUGAAACCCACAGCCUCCCUUCUCCGAAAUAUCACCCUCUUCGAGCUACAAUGCUUUCCGGACGACAACGAGAAUGGCCCCCGCAUUCAAGACAUCCUCAAGCAGAUGCCACAACUGACUCAUCUCAGGCUUCAACUCACCGGGGGCGCCAAACUCCUUGAGUCGCAGUCAGCGCAACUUGAAGACGCGGUACCCGUCCCCUCAGUCACCAAUGUGACUUGCGAAGCGGAUUUCGAAACAUGCAGAGCACUUUUUGAAGCCGUAGCCUUCCCUCCCUCAGCCAUGGUACUCGUCUACUGCUUCCUUAGGUCAGAACAAUCCCCACAUCUGCUGAGCGCGAGUGGGUUUCGUCCUCAGUGGAUCCUUCCACACCAGGAUCCCGACAAGCCGCAAACCCUGAUUUUCAGGUCAUCAUCAUACCGGACAAUGCUCGUGCUCUGGUGUGACUUUACACGACUUCGAACCGGCGCACCUACCGUCGAUGAAGAACCUGUUGGUGGUGUCUUCAUCAUAUUUAAAAUCGGCCACUGGCGAAUGAAGCUCCACGAGGCCUCCCGAAUUCUCCGUGCACAAAGCCUAGGGAGUAUACGCUGCAUGGAGUUUGUGUGGACGUGGAACGAAACUGAAGCGACGUGCGCCUAUCUAAUCGACCUACCAGCACUGCUCCUCCCGGACCCUCCCUACACUCAAGACGAUGAGAUUGUGGAAAAUGGAGUUUUCGCGAAGAGAAGAUGA